GCUACCGGUAGUGGUAAAAGCGGCCAGGUGAUGAUGCCCCCGCAACUCGAAGAAGGACUUGCAGUUGCCUUGGCUGUGGAGUUCCCAUGUGGUCCCCUCGACUCCCGUGGUUUCUUGGGGGUGGGGAGAUCCGGUACAUGUAGCCAUGACAGGUUUGGCAGUAGCAGUACCGUACCGUACCGUACGAAACAAACCGUGGUAGGACUUUUAUUUUCUCCAUCCCCCUCGAUUUGACAUUUCAUGCAGCUUUUUUGGCUUGACGUUGCCGCUGGUUAGCCGCUGUCGGCACUUGCAGCUACAGCUGUAGCUGUGGACAUUGGGAUAGAUUCUUCACCAAGAUUGUAAGAGCUAUUGUAAGCAAGCCUCAAGCAUCAGCAAGAAAGCUGUACAUUGUGAAGCAGAGGAUCGUACGGUACGGUAGCUUGCUUGUUGGAGGUCCGACACUUUCCGUGCGUACGCUACGGGCAAAACACUCUCUCAACCAAUAAACACUGGCCUGUACCGGUAGCUACCAGGGCAAGCUACCCCUGUGCACAAGCCUCCUAUGUACCCGUACUAGUAGUACUACGGUACUAGUACUGGAUUGGCUCUUCCAUGCCCUCAUGCGUCUGGGCGAGGAGGGAAUGGUCCGUAUUGGCACCGGUUUUGUGAAAAUUGACAAGCAAACUUGCCAAAGGAUAAAAGUACGACUUUAAAAAUGGUGUCAGCUAGCUCUGCAGACUGUAUUUCCACUUCCAAGCCACAGCAAAAGCGACAACAAGAAGCUUCCAUGGCAUUGCCAUCACUUUUGUUAUGGCGGAAUCGAAUCUUCAAUCCUUUUGAGGGUUCCACGGGCAAGUAAGUCUCCUUCCUACAACUACGGUAGACUAUUGCAUAGCUAGAUAUCCAUUUCCACAACACGACGACAACACCGGGUCACCACAGCACUUCGGAGGUUGCUGGAAAAUUGUUAGUCGGUGCGUUGACUUUGCUCCGGAAGAGUUUCGAAGCCAUUCGAACAACAGAGCAACAGAACUGUGACAACCAAAUUGCCUGAGCUUGUCGUGUUCGUCUGAUCCACGAAGCAGCACACUCAUCACACCAUACAUACAACAGGAGCUACUAGCUAGCUAGCUAUUCGCGAAGUCUGUUUGUAGGCGGUCCUUGGUUUCAGGAUCUACCAUACAACUAUUAUACCCAAGAUUCUGACUACUACAAACAACGGUACUCUUCACAAUGCCAACUACAAAUAAUAACAAUGACACACCGAGACGGAAGAAUGGCUUUAGUACGCCGUACACAGGACCGCAAGUCUCGACAUGGAUCACUCUUCCCGUGCUGAUAUUUGAAUUCUUUAUCGUGGUGGCACCGGUAUUACCCUUGGAGGCGGCCAUUCCUUGUACCAUUGUCUUUGGGAUUACGGCCAUAUUGGCGGCGUUUUAUGCCGCCAUGGCACAAGUGAUUGAUCCCAUGGACGCGCAUCUGGCACGGCAUUUACACAAGUUAGAACAUGGUCCACCAGCAAUAGCCGAAGGGGAACCGGAAGAAGAUAUGAAACAUUGCUGGAUUUGUGACACACAGGUAGCCGAGCAUGCCAUGCAUUGCAAAUACUGUAACAAGUGUGUCGCAAACUUUGAUCAUCAUUGUCUAUGGCUCAACACGUGCGUGGGAAGCGCCAAUUACCAUUAUUUUGUCAUGACCAUGGUCUUUAUCACGGCCAUGUUGAUGGUUCAUUCCUCCGUACAGGUUGCUCUCACUAUUGACAUUUUACUGGGAGGUGCCUCCAAAGACCGUGCCAAUGCCUGGUUCAACGCCAAUGCCGAUGGAGCCAUUAUCGGUAUUUACAUUGGAUUUGUGGCAUUUGAUGCCUUGGCAUUAUCGUUGGUACUACAAUUGCUCUACUUUCAUUGGGUACUCCACAAGGAGGGAUUGACUACGUACAAGUAUAUUGUACGGGAGGCCGGACGAAAUCGCGAGAAACGCAAGAAAGAAACCGCCCGCAAAAAUCAACGAACGGCCGCCAUGAGAAAAGCCAAUGACGAAGGCAAUCGAUUCUUGGCGAUGCGACUCUUCUAUGGGGACAUGUGUCCGUGUUGUGAUCCACUGCCGCCUCUGCCAGAGGAAGAAGAAGAGGAGCCAUCUUAUACUCCCGUGCAACCAACCAACAACAAUGGGGACGAGGAGGAAGCCACCGAUGGUAUGGAGAAUGGUCGGCCUUAUGGCGACGAAAAUGACGGGGUUACCUUUAUCGCUGUGAAAGAGGCAUAGUGAGGUUUUGUCUUCAAGUUGUACUAUGGUAGUAGCAAUACAUUUUUAUUGCUAUUCCGGUCCUCAACCACUAUCACCUAUAACAAAACUAGCCAUCUAGAUCAAGCGUACCGUAGCAAGGCAGUGCUUAUUAUUCAUUGCCAAACACCAGUCCACGGUACCCGGUGUUUCCUGCA